GCAAAACAUUGGGCGUAAGAAGUUUUAAUUAGGGCAUAAACUUAGAGUGUGACAAAAUGAGGUGGAUAAAGUUACCAAACCGUGAAGCGACACUCUGAACCUCGAAUUCUUUCGGUCUUGGAUCACUAACUUUCACAGUAACAAGCUGACUGUGCUUGAACACUGAUGUACGUUUCUCUAAUCUCUGAGGCAUUUGCCUCACGGACAUUGGUGCGGCGUGUUGCGAUGAUUCCAGGUCCGUCGUCUGUUCAGAGAUGAGUAUCUGGGUCUUGUCAAGCGAGUGUUGGUUUUAUUUGUAAAUAGUGAUCAGCGGCGGGUACAGUUAUUACUCGUCAUGGUGGAAGGCCCGCUGUUGCACCGCCUCGCGUUCGCGCAUCGCAAGCUUCUCUUUGGGCAUAGAUUUACUGCGACAUCACCCACUGGGCGCUUUGCCGAUGGCGCUGAGGCUAUCGAUGGACAUUUUCUUACGCAUAUCGAGGUGCACGGGAAGAAUAUUUUCUACUUUUUCACUCCCGAGAGAGUUGAAGAGGAAGGUGUGUUGGAGAAGGUUGGGGAUGAUGCCGUUGUUGUCCAUAUUCACUUGGGAAUGUCGGGAUCCUUUCGUCUGUACCCAUUUCCAGGACCAAUACCAAGGGAAGCUACGCGACUUCGCUUGUAUAACGAAGAACUAGGGUUUGAAGCACAUUUGAGUGCAUCAGUGUGUGAUCAUGGCAACAUUGAGCUGUAUCGGAAAAAGAUAACAGAGUUGGGCCCAGAUCCUUUGCGCAAGGAUGCGGAUAAGGAGCUUCUUUGGGCGAGUAUACAGCAUCUGAUUAGUGAGAUCGGACAGAAAACGAAGCGGAGCAUUGGAGCCGUUUUGAUGGAUCAAACACUCGUUGCCGGGAUUGGUAAUAUUUACAGAGCAGAAAUAUUGUUUGUGGUGGGACUUCAUCCAGAGCAGCCAGCUAAUACGGUGUGUCGUCCUACGUUUGAGUUUUUGUGGGAACAGUCAAAACGACAGAUGGAAAUUGGAGUAGAAGUGGGCAACAUCAUUACCAUAUUACCUGAGGACUCAGAUAAGCCUUUUCCGAAAAAAAUAAAGGCAAGUCAACUGCGUUAUGUGUACAAUCAAAAGGCCUGCGGAAAGUGUGGUGGGCCUAUUAAAGUCUGGACCAUAGCUCAGAGAAGUGUAUAUGCUUGCGAAGCAUGUCAACCGCCACCCCCUUCAACCACUACCGUAAGCAAAACAUUUACGAGGAAAACUUCAGUGGGUAUAGCCAAUUCCAACUUAGACGAAAGCGGUGAUGAUGUUCACAGUGUCAGUGGAAUUCCUGGAAAGAGGCCUACAAGGAAGAGGGUAGCCGAAGGUGGCAGAGUGAUGGUGCACCAGGCUUACAAGAAUCAGGACCCCAAAGGGUUACCUGAGUCGUUUGUGGUUCCUGCUGAAGAGCAAUCUCAUGAACAUAGCGAUAAUGAUGCUCGAUCUAAAGAAGAGGUUGCCCAGACGAAUAGUUCAAUGCAGACUGAUGGUGAUGACAAAACUGGCAUCCUAAAUUCUUCAAAACCAAGAAAAGGGAGGAGAAAUGCAAGAACCAACCAAGCUGACCAGCUACGGUCACUUCAGUCGGACGUGAUGAAUACCAGCACUUUUUCAAAGAAGCCACCGGAACGGCGUAGUGCACGUCUUAGAAAACAGGCUGUUACAGCACUUGACCAACCUGGCUCCAUUGCACUAGGCUUCAGGGGAAAGUCGGAGUUUCUGCCUGCGGGAGUUGCAAGAUUGUUUAUCCAGAAUCAUCCAACAACCACUGUGAGAUAUGCCAGAGUGUCGCUAUCCGUCUGUAGGUGUUUGGACGGUUCUUCUAGCAUGAGGCUCUCUAGUGCUAAUUCUCCUGUCCGUCGACUCGUUCGUCCCUUGGGAAGUGCACCACCUAUUGUUAAAUCUACAGCUUUUGGAUCGAUACUGCUUGGUGCAAUGUUCCUUAGAGGCGGUUUGGCAAGUGUCAAGUGUUAGUUGCAGCACAGUAAAGUUAGGAAAGAUGGUCGUUCAUAUUUAAACAUGGUUUUGGCGGAUCUAGCAACUGAUCGUUGCUAUGUGUGAAAAAUCGGGUUUCUAUGUCCAAGCGAUUGAUGUUUUGGGUGUUGUAACAGUGCUGAAGUGUACUCCAGCUUGUACACUCUAAAAACAGCUGUGACGUGCUGAAUACAUUCAAUCUCAAUGUCUAUUUGAACACUGUUUAUAGAGGUCGAGAGUCAUGUAAUAUUAGCUUCGGUAAAAGAUAUGAGUUGAUAAUGUUUUGAUCCCGAAGUCGGUAUAAUUAUCGAAUGAGUAAGAGAAUUUGUCACUGAAUAGAGACUCUCAGCAUGCAGAAAUGGUUUUGUUACACGCAGAAACGUGACCAUUCCGACUUUUGUAAACAUUACAUUCCCAAUAAGAAACAGAACCUCCUCAUUCUUCAA